AUGGCGCUUCCCCACAUCAAAACUGCGCUUGUUACGCUCACGUGGUUUCCCGUGGUUUUCGUCGCCCUCGACCAUCUUUAUCUGCCGUGUCAGAUCCACGGCUCCUCCAUGGCGCCUACUUUCAAUCCUGGCACAGAAUCUCUCGCUAAAGAUGUGGUUCUUCUACAAAAACAUAGCGUCAAGCGGCCCGGUGCCCUUUCGCGUGGAGACAUUGUCAUGUUCCGGUCGCCGUCCGAUCCGGAAAAACUCUUGACCAAACGUGUUGUUGGCGUUCAGGGUGACACCAUAAUACCCCGAGAUUCGGCAUAUCCACGGAAACAGGCGCUCGUGCCUCGAAAUCAUCUUUGGGUCGAGGGCGAUAAUGCCUUCCACUCGGUGGAUCUGAACAAUUUCGGACCCAUUAGUCAGGCUCUUGUGGUGGGGAAAGUUGUGACUGUGCUAUGGCCGUUCAGUCGGAUUUCUUCGAGUCUAGAAGGAGGACGGGAUGCCCGCAAAAAGGCUGUGCCUUCGUUAGACGAUUAUUGA